AUGGCUGAAGGACCUGCGACGAUGGACAUAGAGAUCCCAAUGGAGGAGGGGGAGCCUCUUGGAGCGACGCCAAAUGAUAAGUUAGUCAUCACCAAGGUGCAAGAGGGAACUAUUGCUGAUGGGAAACUCAAGAUUGGUGACCAGAUCACAAAAGUGAACGGGCAACCAAUUACUGACCAAAAUAGCUUCUUCAAAGCUCUCCGUUACGCUCCUCCUGUAGCUAGACUCACAAUUAUCAGAGACCAAAAGAAAGCUGAAGAACUUGAAGCUCGUAUUCGUAUACCAGAAGCGCGUGCAAAGCUUAUUCAAAGAAGAGAUGGAUAUGUAUACUUUCUGGCAAAAAUCGUAUGGCAACCAAAUGGACCAAAACUUGGAUUAGGUAUCAAGCAUUUCCAGAAUCGUGUGCUUGUUUCACGUUGUGAUCCCGGUUCACUCUCAGCAACACAAUUAGCGGUAGGAGAUCAUAUAAUCGAUAUAGAUGGUGUACCGGUCACCGAUAAGGAUGUGGCCAGAGAUUUAUUGAUUAAAGCACUGCAGGAGAAAAAAGAGGUUAGUGCUGUAGUGGAACGUCCUGAAACUAUGGAGGCAAAACAUUGGACACAACAGGCUCUUGUUACGCAGAUUUCUCAACCGCCAUCCGUGCAGAUGAAUUCGGACGUUCGUGCAAUAGCAGCCAGAGAACGUGCAAGAGUGAAACAACCGAAACAGCAACCGAAAUCCAUUCUUCGGCAAUCACAAAACACAAAACCGAUCCAAAUCAGCGAAGACGUAGCCUCGCACAUCAUCGCUUCCGAUAAUGAAGGACGAGCUCUAAGACCUGUCAGAAAGUAG